AUGAGUCUACCUCAUUGCACUCUAACAUCGACCCCAUCGGAUUUCAAAGAUCGUCCGGUUAGGGUUGAACUGAUCCGUUUAGUACACCGUAGUACCGAUCUCCCGCUUGACGAGAGUCUGUGGCGCGAUGACGGUUCAGCGUUCCGACACAUCAUUAUACAUCGAGUUAAGGAUGUCACGGGCAAGACGGAGUAUCUCGUACGAUGGCGCGAAGGGGGUCCCAUCUGGGAAACGGCAGAGGCGUUUGACGAUGCUAAUGAUAUCGUGGCAUACCAUAAGAAUACACAAACACGCUCUCGCAAGCGCCGACGAUGGCACGUGACCCGUGCUUCAGCUUGA